AUGCUGUUACAGGUCUUCACUCUGAGCAUCAAGGCAGACCUGGAGAACAUAGAAAGUAUCAGUUUGCCCGAGGAUUCGUCGUACACUCUCACGGUCAAGGACAGUGCCGGUGAUGACCAGCGGGAAGGCGUCGUGGUGUCACCCUUGGAAGAGCAGGAGCUCUCCGGGAGUCGCGGCACGGCCCACUUUGCGCUCAAGUGGUCGCGCGACGCCCGGCACGAGGCGAGCCUGAGCUUGCAGCAUAUCAAGGGUGUUACCCGAGCCCUCACCGCGGCGGAUGCUGGCAAGUUUGUGCCCAUCGUGGCGUUUGAGUGCAGGGGUCUGGACCCCAUCGCCUGGCAGCCUCAGGCGAGUGGUAAGGGGUGGGCGCCGAGCGGCAUGGUGUGGGAGGACGUGGACCUUUCCAGUGGGGAGUGGGCAGAGUAUGACGAGAAGUCUGGGGAGGCCGUGAGCGUGAUGGAGCUGGAGUGGAGAUUUGACACGUACCGCCCCAAGAAGUGA